AUGGAGGGGGUGAUGGUGAGCACUGCAACGGGAGCAAUGAAUUCAUUGCUCUCCAAGCUUUUCAAGCAGCUCAGCUAUGAAUUCAAUUUGUUCAGUGGGAUCCGUAAGGAGAUAGAAUUUCUCAAACAUGAGUUGAGCUACAUGAAUGCUCUGUUGCACAAGCUCGCAAACAUGGAUGAUCUUGAUAUUCAAACACAUGUGUGGAGGAACAAGGUGCGUGAGCUAUCUUAUGAUAUUGAAGAUUGCAUUGACAUCUUCAUGCAUCAUCUCGGUAAUAAUGAUGAGAAGGCUGGCUUGGUCCAUGAAGCAACUACAAUGUUUAAGAAACUUUGGGUGUGCCACCGAGUCUCGAAACAAAUUCAACAACUUAAGGACCGUGUUGUGCAGGAGAGUGAAUGGCGUAAAAGGUAUAAACUAGAUGAGGGGCCAUCUAACCCUAGAACAAUGGAAAUUGAUCCCCGGCUACCUUCAUUAUAUGCACAUGAUGAACAACUUGUGGGAGUGGAUGGUCCAAGGGACACUAUCAUUCACUGGUUAAUUGGAGAUGAAUUUGAAGCAUUUGUUUCUGUGUCACAGAAGCCUAAUCUAGCAAAGAUUUUGAAGGACAUACUUUCAGCAAUUGGAGCAUUCAUGGGUGAUCCAGAUGAUAGUUUACAAACAUUGAUUGACAACAUCAGAGGACACAUUAUGUAUAAAAGGACAAAUGCUGAAGACUGCAUCAGAGACCUCGGCGAGUUGGCCAAUCUAAGGGAGCUCAGUCUUGGGAGCAGCAACCUCCGCGACCUAGACAUUGUCGGCUGUGACUCCAGUGCAACCCCAACACAGUUCUGGGACAAAUGCUUCACACGCCCAGGGAAUCUGCAGAGGCUUUGGCUGCCCAAGUUGCCACUGCCCAAGGUCCCAGAUUGGAUGGUGCAUGCCGACAGACUGGAAAAUUUGAAGAAACUAACAGUCCAGGAGCUCAGGCGCGAUGACUUCCUGGUUCUUGCACAGCUGCCCUGCCUCAUGCACCUGUUCCUAGAGGCUAAAACAAUCCCAGAGAGAAACACCAUUGUCCAGUCCAACACAUUCCCCAGCCUGAAGAAAUUUCAUUUCUGGUGUGAGCUAUCACGUGUGACCUUUGAGCCGGCCGCAAUGCCGAGGCUACAGGCUCUGAGGAUAGCACUCGAUGGUUGUGGACAGGGUGCAGUGGAGCCGCAAGAGGGCAGUCCAGUUGCUGGGAUCCAGCACCUUGGAUGCCUUGAAGAGAUCUCCCUGGUUAUGCAUGUCAAAUGUGGUCACGGGCCCAGCAUAGAGUCUGCGUGGCACCCAAGAAGUGAAGCCAUACGGAUUCAUCUGGAGUGCAAAGAGUAUGACCAAAAUGGGCAUCGGGUGAACACUGGAAGAUGA